AACAGCAGAAUAUUACUUGGCUCACACCUGACAUCACAGACGUACAUUUUGAGAGAGAAAGAGGGAGAUGAAGCCGGCAAAAAGGAAGCCCAAAGCAGUGGUGGUGGGAGGUAGUAUAGCAGGGAUCUCCUGCGCACACGCGCUCAUAGUAGCAGGGUGGGACGUGGUGGUGCUGGAGAAGACGAGCGCGCCUCCCACUGGAAGCCCAACCGGUGCUGGACUGGGACUCGACCCUUUGGCUCAGAGACUCAUUGAGUCGUGGCUCGGUCGCCCUGAGCUUCUCCACAAGGCCACCUUGCCCCUCACAAUCGAUCAGAACCAAGUGACAUAUGGGGAAAAGAAAAUCAGCCAGACACUGACGAGGGACGAUAACUUCAAUUUCAGAGCGGCAUACUGGGCUGAUCUUCAUGGCCUUCUUUACAAUGCACUACCAGAGGACAUUUUUCUUUGGGGUCAUUUGUUCCUUUCCUUUUGCAUGCCAGAUGACAAAACCUCUGUUAAGGUAAAAACCAAAGUUCUUCAAACUGGUGGUAUUGUCGACAUAAUUGGUGAUUUGCUUAUUGCAGCCGAUGGGUGUCUCUCUUCAAUUCGUCAGAGUUUCCUCCCUGACCUUAAAUUAAGGUACUCAGGUUACUGUGCAUGGAGAGGAGUUCUCGACUUUGCAGAUAAUGAGAAUUCAGAAGCCAUUGUGAGCAUCAAUAAGGCAUAUCCAGAUCUUGGGCGAUGCCUUUACUUUGACUUAAGUUCUGGUACUCACAGUGUGUUUUAUGAGCUAUCGAACAAAAGAAUGAAUUGGAUUUGGUACAUUAAUCAACCUGAGCCACAAGUUAAGGGGAACUCGGUGACCAUGAAAGUUAGCAGUGACAUGAUCGAGAAGAUGCACAAUGCAGCAGAAAAAGUUUGGGUUCCAGAGUUGAUGAAAGUCAUAAAAGAAACGAAAGAACCUUUCCUCAAUGUUAUAUAUGAUAGUGAUCCUUUGGAACAAAUAUUUUGGGACAAUGUGGUUUUAAUUGGAGAUGCAGCUCACCCGACAACUCCUCAUGGUUUAAGAAGCACAAAUAUGUCAAUACUGGAUGCAGCAGUUUUAGGAAAAUGUCUUGAGAAGUGGGGAGUGGAAAAUUUAAAGUCAGCUCUCGAAGAAUAUCAAUCUACUCGGCUGCCCGUCAUUUUGAAGCAAGUGCUACAUUCGAGAAGACUCGGUCGCAUCAAACAAGGUCUAAUUCUUCCAGAUCGCAAGCCUUUUGAUCCGAAGAACACAUGUCCAGAAGAUUGCCAAGAGCUUCAGCAGAAAAACAUGCCUUUCUUUGCUGAUGUUCCAUUUGAACUCAUAUAGAUCAUGUUAUCUUCAAGCCGGAAGUGCUUUGGAAUAUUGUUCUGGCACUGUGUUUCUUUGCCUCAAUUAUGUGAAAAUGCUGUAAUUAGUACAUAUUAAAAAAAAAUUUAUAUGGAUUCUCAUGUUCUGGAAUAGAACAAAAUAAUAAAAAACUGAGUGUUGCAAAGAGAAGCAAUGAGAAC